CCUCCAAACCCCUACUGUACCAUAGCGUUAUUCUGCACUGCACAGACUAUCAUGUCGCCUUCUACACAGCCAGUCCGGAAUGUAAAGGUCAAGGUUCCUCGACAUAACUCCCAGCGUAUUGGCCCAGCAGUGACGGCACAAGUCGAGGUCUUUGCCCGUGAAACCAAAACACGCGUCGACGUCCGACAAACCGCGUAUGAGCCAAGCAGCGCGCUGGCGCAGGCCAUCGAAAGCGCGUCCGAAUGGAACUCGCUACUCCUCACCGCUCGUGCGGAGCGAGGGCCACAAUGGGACAUAGGCACACAGCAAUUUCUCGUUGAGGAAUACUCCGAACUCUACUACGACCCCAGUCCUUUGCUCGAGUACCAGAGAGAAGGCAAACCGUCCGGGGACGGCGAUGGCGCCAUUGCCUCAACUAGCCGGGGCGCAUCGAAUGACCGGCAGAUCUUAGACAUGCCUGGCACGCCAAAGGUGCAAUCGUCGCGCGCGCAGAACUCCUCCAUCACCCCCCAGCAUAUACCCCAGCAGUUCUUCGCGAACCAAGGCACGCCCGGCAUGGCCUCGCCUCGGCAUCCGUUCUCCCCGUCAGCGCAGGGCAUGGGUGGUCAGGGCAUGGGCGCGCCUGGUAUGGGGAUGGGCAACAUGGGAGGGAUGGGGAUGGGAGCCGUGCCUCCGGGGCAGUUCUACGGCAACAACACGGACUCGCCUAUGCGCAUGAAUAACGCCGGGAUGGCCCAGGCGAUGGGCGGUAUGGGGAUGAACAUGCAGGGCAUGAACAUGAGCAUGGGUAUGCACGGUGGGCCAGACAUGGGUAUGGGUAUGGGGAUGAACUCUCCUGACCCACGCCGACGGAUGACGCGGACUAUGAGUGGGGAAGACGGAUUUGGUGGCAUGCACGGCUAG